AUGGUCGGCCCUCUCUCCUGGCUCUUGGCCUCUCUCGCCGUACUCGGCGUGCAGGCUUCCGUCCUCACCCUUCAAUCACCACGUCUCACCGUCUCUUCCUCGGAUGCUGCACAGCUGCGCUCUGAACCGCUUUCCUUGGCGCACAAAGUCACCCCGCCAGUGGAGCUCAGAGCGACCGACACACUCAAGCUCACCUUCCAAAUCGUCGAUGAGGACGGAAAAGGCGUACAACCGCAUCAGACAUUCGUUCGGUUCUAUGAUGAGGUGACGGGUGAGGAGGGUAUCCAGCCUGUCAAGGUUACCGCGGGUGGCAAGGCGAAGCUCGAGCUGAACAUGGCUCGCCCUCCUUCAUCCCUCCCACCAUCCGGAAAAGACCCAAUUAAGGUCUCGCUCUACCUGGGCUCUUUCAAGCACGACCCUGCGCAAUACGAACUCUUCGAUCUCUUCGUUCCCCCUUCACAACCUCCUGCACAACAUGCCGACGAGGUCUUCUUCCACCCCCGCCCUGAGAUCUUCCACACGUUCCGCCCGGAGCAGAAGGUUCCCCCCAAGUUUGUGUCCGCGGUCUUCACCCUCCUGCUCGCUGCUCCGUGGGUGGUUCUUCUUGGCUUGCUAGCACACAUCGGCCCCCAAGUCCCGUACCUUUUCUCUUCAGGCAUCUUCCCCUUCAUCGCAACGCUCGGCGCGUUCGAGGGCCUCCUCGUCUGGUACUGGGUCGACCUCCACCUCGGGCAGGUCCUUUUGUACGGCGCGAUCCUCAGCAUCCCCACCGCCAUUGCGGGCAAGCGUGCGCUAGCGGCGGUGGGCGAGCGGCGGCUUGGCAAGAGUUCUCCGAAGUAGCGUAGUGUACAUGGGAUUUGUUGGAUAGGAGAAGAGACGAGAGUAAUAUAUAUUCGC